AUGAAUUUGAUAGAAAUUGAUAACUCAGAUGAGAAUGAUGUACCUUACAGCCGUGUUAAAAGAUUGUUAGAAUCACAUCAUCAUUAUCCAUAUAGUGAAUUAAAACAUGUUAGUAUUCAUAUAAACGUUCAUAAGAAUUCUAAUCAUGUUAUAACAAUGUUAUUAACUAUAUGCAGUAAUGAUGUUAUAUGGACAGCAACGAGAGAUUUACAAGAAUUCGCAGCAUUCGAUACUGUUAUUCAUAAAUGUGCAUUCGAUAGACGAUUCUCUAACUUGAAAGAAAUCAUUUAUAAUACUGGAACACCCUUAUCACAGCUAGAGCUACAAGUAUCUGAUUAUGCUGCUCGGCUGUCACAACUUUUAGAAACAGAAACCAUUACGUGUAACUCAUUUCUCGAAUUCUUAGAAAUGGAUUUUCGAGGAAAUCAUUUCAAAUCAAUCGAUCAUAAAGCUAUCAAUAGUCCAGCAAUUGCUGCAGCUGUUGUAACAAAGCCCUAUAUAACAGAAAAGCGGAAUCAUAUGUCAUUAAAGCUAGGAGAUAUCAUAUCCAUUUGUGAGAUGAAUGAUUCACAACAAGAUAAUGAGGUUUUAUGGAAAGGAAAGAUAACAGUUCCGUCUUAUGGCCGGAAGGAGGCAAAGACUCUCAAUUUAGAGGUUGGCUACUUUCCAAGUGAUUGCGUUUGCCUCAUAGAGAAAAAACAGCUGGAGAAAGUGUUUGUAGACAUAAAGACAGAAAAGCCUACAGUCAGACGAUUUCAUGCCAGAUCAAUUGUUAAUAUCAUAUUUCAUGAACUCAAACUUAGAAAAAGAUCUCCUGUCUUCGGAACUGAUCUAACUGAGCAUCUGACUAAAACAUCAAGGCAAUAUCCACUUGUUGUUGAACAAUGUUCUAAAAUAAUCGAAAAAUCGGGUCUUGUCACGGGAAUUUAUAGACAAUGUGGAGUGCAAUCGAACAUUAAGCGAUUGAGAAGCAAAUUUGAUAAUGGUGAAACCCCUGAUCUUGAAGAGAUUGGAGAAAAAGAUAUUUAUUCCAUUUCCUCUCUUCUGAAACAGUAUUUCCGCGAACUUCCAACGCCACUUUUUACUGCACAAUUCUGCAAAUCUGCAUGGAUAAACUUUCAAAACACUGCUGAUGACGUUUCACACGAUUUUAUGGAAGAAUUGUUGUCCAGCUUACCUCCAGCACACUACAGCACAGCUCGUUCUCUUCUUCUUCACCUUAAUAAACUAUUAGAAUAUGAAAAUCUAACAGAUAUGACUGUGAAAUCAUUAUCCAUCGUUUGGGCCCCGAAUCUCUUCAGAAGCCAAGAGAACAAUUUGUUAGAUUAUUUGACAAUUCAAACAAACAUCUGUAGCUAUCUUAUAUCAAAUGCCAAAAAUCUCUUUCAUCCGGAUGAUCAGCUGCCAAUUGAAUUUGAAAAAGAGAAGAUACCUGCUACACAUUCAUUACCUUUCCGGAAUUUCUAUGAUUUAAAUCAGUUCCGACGUUUAGCUUCGAUUCCUUUGUAUUUUCAAAAGCAGUUAGGAACAUUCCGUGAAACUCUCAAUUUUCUCAAAUUAACGAAUAAUUCGAUGAGGGGAGUUGGAAAGCUGCGUGAACAUUCCACACGGAAUGGCCUCGAUACGUCAGCGACAAACUAUGUUUGGACAUACAGUAACCAGGGUGCUUCAAGCAGCGUUGUUGAAGAUGAAUCCGUUGAGAAAGGAAAAGAAAGACGAAUAACAUUUUCGAUGAAUCCCGAAAAGUUCGAAAUUCAAGAUUCUAGAUGGACAGAAAGCUACAUAAUGGAAUCUGAAUCUGAUGCUGAUUCAGAUUCAGAUGUGGAUAGCAUCAACUUGGAAAUGAGUCGAUAUGACAAUGUUGAUACGGUUUUAGGCCGAAAAUCAUUACGGAGAUCGUGA